ACCAUAUCUUCUUCUUUCUUAUCCAUUUGACAUAAAAUCUCCAUUGCUCUCUCAAGAAACAAGAAAAAAAGAAAAUGAUGUCAUCAAUGGCACUCCACUCAUCUGCUUCCCUCUGCUCUUCUUUCAUCUCUCAACAUCCAAAACUCUCCAUCAAAGCUUCUCCCUCGUUCCUUAACCAGUCCACCAAACCCAUCUCUCUAAACCGGAAAACCGUGGUGGCUCUUGCAGCUCCAGAGACCCUCACAUCUGAACCAGUCACCGGCAUUGAUACUUCCGACACUCCACAGCCAAAACAGGUGAAGAAUCAACAAGAUGAGAAGGCAAGAGUGGUUCUCAAGUUUGUGUGGAUGGAGAAGAACAUAGGAUUAGGAUUGGACCAGCAUGUUCCUGGACAUGGCACAAUCCCACUGAGUCCUUACUUCUUCUGGCCAAGAAAAGAUGCUUGGGAAGAGCUCAAGACUACUCUUGAAGCUAAGCCAUGGAUCUCUCAGAAGAAGAUGAUUAUUCUCCUUAAUCAAGCUACUGACAUCAUCAAUCUCUGGCAACAAAGUGGCGGCAACUUAACUUCCCAAUAAUCUCUCCUCUUUUUUUAUUUGAUUUUGCAAUUCAAGAACUCAACUCAUUUUUCCUCCAUUGUCUUUAUUGAUAUUUUGCUAUUCAGACUUAUUUGUUACAAUCA